AUGGCUAGUACAAUAACUUUAGAGGUAAGUGAAUUCAAAAUGACGCCAUCUUUUUGCCCUCAGCCAGGAGCUAAGAAGCCAAGAAGUAUAGUAAAAUGUAUCUUGCAGGUCUUGAGUAAUGGCGCUUCCCAAAUGGAGCCAUCUGUUGUAUUGCGGACACCUACGUCCGCGUAUGUUUUUAAUGUCCCGGAAGGAACACAAAGGUUCAUUCCGAUGAUUAAUCUGACUCCAGGCAAUAUUCAUGACAUAUUUAUUUCGAAAGGUAGCUUUUUGGAUCUCAAUCUUAUCCAGAUUUUGAAUAUUACACAUGAUGACUUAGUACAAUAUCAUCCAAAAAAUUGCUGGAUUGUAAAACUCUUCGGCCAAAACGACAACUAAACAACUUCUUACAGCUGUCUGGAGCCGUAUGGGAGGUCUAGCUGGUCUAUUGAUCUCCAAAGAUCCCGCCGAUACAUCAAAUUUGCGAGUGCACGGUGCAGCCAGUUUGGAGAAUGUAAUUUACACAAGUAGUCCGUUCCUCGAGAAACGAGAUGGAAAAACUUGUUUUCCAUGUAAAAUCGAGACUCAAACGUUUCAUGACGAGUAUUUUGAGGACAAAAAUGUGAUUGUCCACUAUCUUCCAGUAGCUGCUGACAUUAUCCAUGACGGAAGGUAUACAAGUGUUGAUAAUUCCGCUUUCUUGGUUGAAUUAAAGGUGAGUAGAGACCUCUAGGGCCUUGCUAGGCGAUUAGGAGAAUUUAAAAUGUAUUUUUGGUAGUGAAAUAGAGAUUUUCAGCCGAAAGAACGAAGAAUUGAUCUGGAGAAGUUGGCCAAAUUAAAAGUGCCAAAAGGUCCCUUAGUCGGCCAACUAAAGGCUGGAAAGGCUAUCACUCUACAAGAUGGGACUGUAAUCAACCCAGCAGAUGCUUUGGCUCAGGUUGAGAAAGAUGUUUUGUCAUCGGUUUUGGUGGUUGAUAUAGAUAAUAUUGGUCAGAUCCCUUCGAUAAUCGAAAAUGAGGUCUUAAGGGUGAGAUUUCUCCCUACCAUUGUCUAAAAUACGGGUUCACUUACAUUUCAGCCAUUCUUAAAUUCAAAUCCGACCAAAAAUUUGGGUUAUCUUGUUCAUUUUACCACUGAUGACGUAAUAAAAACUAAUGAAUAUCAAGAAUUUAUGUCAUCAUUUGGCGAGGAGUGUCAACAUCUUAUCGUAAAUGGCUCCGGAGAGGCGUUUCCAAUGUUGGAUGGCCCCCAUAACAAUCAAAACAUGCUAAAUUAUGUCGAUCCGAACUUCUUUCCACGGCUUUAUCCGGAUUUUAAUGGUGAUGUUGAUAGGGUAAGAUGAGCUGAUUUUGAAGGCAAAAUAUUAUACAAAAAAUGGCUAAAAGUUUUUUUUCUUGUUUUUUUCAUGUCAUAACGGCUUACCGGGUUUGUAUUUCACAUUGUUCAGGCAUUAAAAUUUUUGGCGGGAAAUUUGAAUUUAAAAAAAUGAAGUCUGAGUUUUGGCCAAAUUAAUUUUACUUUUUCAGAAAUUAGUGGUGCCAGAGACCAAAGUCUUCUAUCCUCCGCCAUUUUCUCGUUUUUUCCUUAGGGGAAAUUUUGAAAAAAUGAUAAAUGAAAAGACGUAUUUUACCAUAAAUAAAGAUGAACUUGUCUCUCGAAUGGAGGCAAAUCCAAACGUCUCAGACGCCAUCGUCAAGUUUAAACAAGGUUGGUUGAUAUGCGAAUACUUUUACUGAUAUUUUACCCAAGAAGUUUGCAAAAAAUCGAGAUUUUUUACCUGACGUCAUAAUUUUUGAUUUCUGAUCUUGAAAAUAAUAUUGUAGAAUGUGAAAAGAAAGUGGACCCGUCUGAAUCUCGAUUUCCUUCAAUUUCGUUCCUCGGCACGGCUUCUGCAUCGCCAAUCAAGUACCGAAAUGUGAGCGGGUACCUCUUGAGACUAUCCCAAACUUCCUCGGUGCUUGUUGAUUGUGGCGAAGGAACUUAUGGUCAAUUGAAAGUGUUGUUUGGCCCGGAAAUCGACGACAUUAUGCUGACAUUGGGAGGGAUUUUCAUUACUCACGGGCAUCUCGACCAUAUUUAUGGGCUAUUCACACUGAUCGAGGAGAGAGCCAAAGCCUUCCAAAGAAGAGGUAAAAUACGAGUUACAAUUAAAAAUAAAAAUUUUUAGGCCAAAGACUUGAUAGAGAACCCAGGUUGCUGGUGGCUGGUCAUCCUUAUGUCAAGAAAUUUUUCGAAAUUUAUUGCGAAAAAUUUAGAGGUAUCAAAAAAUAUGACGUCAGAUGGGUGUACACGAUGGAAAGUGAUGAUCCAGAAUUUUCGAAAACGUAAGAAAUUUAGCUUUUUUACACUUUUUUUUAUUUUUAAAAUCUGUUUCAAUAUAAAAAAAUUGUUGCCUUGGGCUAUUUUCUGUGGUAACCCAAAUAUCUUUCGUAAUUCGUGUUUUAGCCUCGACCCGGAUGUCCUCCAGAUCGCCAGACUCGAAGCAGUCUCUGUGGUGGCAGUGGAUCACAUCCCAAUGGCCGUUGGCUUCGUCUUUGAGACUUCCGAUUGCAAAAAGAUUGUCUUUUCCGGCGAUACGAAGCCGUGUAAGAACCUCGUCCGCCAUGGAAAACAUGCCCAUUUCCUGAUUCAUGAGGCCACCUUCGAAGAUGCUUUUUUCGAAGAUGCGGAGAGGAAACGCCAUUCCACGACUGGCCAAGCCCUUCAAAUCGGAAGGAAAAUGAUGGCCAAGAACAUAAUCCUCAGCCAUUUCUCGGCCAGAUACCCGCGGUGUCCUGUAAUCAGUGAGGAGGUCAUCAAACGAGGGAAUGUUACAGUAGCCACCGACUUUUUGGUCGUGGAAUGGAACCGGAGAAAAGUGGUCGGGAAGAUGGUCAAGGUGUAUCAAGAGCUGUUUCAAAGGGAACUGAACGAAUUUGAAAAGAGAAAACGGUAGCAUGGAGAAAGUUGUUGAGUUUACUGUUGAUUCUUGUUGAUUUUUUGUUGAGAAUUGAAUAAAUUUUCAAAUUUUUUGAUUUUAGAAAGAUCUCUAAAGUAAUAUAUUAAUUUUAUACAAAAGGAACUUUCGCGGACGGAGGGUAACGUUGCCUUCAAAACAACAAAAAAGUUCAGUCGAGAUACCGACAAGACGAGAAAUUAGUGAAAACGGGGAGAACACACAGUUGCUCCCGCAAACAUUCCACCUAUUAUUGUUGAUCAGGAUAGACCGAAGUCUAUCCGUUCCAAAAAAAAUAGUAUCUGCAGAUAUCUGUAGAUUGGUGGGACUCUCUCUCCCCCACUAUGCAGUACAGCCGCCCGUCUGACAUCCCACCCCACACCGGAAGGCGGUCGAAAUGAUGGUACCUACUCAUGGUAGAGAACCACAUGCCAAACCCAAACGAUUUACCCUUUGACUGGGGUAACCUUUUUCUCUCGCAUCUAGCGCUCUCUCGAACCAUGAACUCUUACGUUUCGACUUAUUACCGCGCUUUUGGCGCUUUUUGCCAAUUCUUGGCAUUCCGUUGCAACAAGAGAAAAAUAAUUUUUGUGGGGAAGAAUGAUGAAAGUUUUGUUGUCUAUGACAAAGAUUGUAUGUAGGACACCUUGAACAUAUUAUUUCCAUUGAGCCGUUUGCGGAAUGUUGUACAUGACAGCUGAUUUACCGUUAUUUUUUAUUUUUCUUUUUUUCUAGGCUGUUCAAUGGAAGUUUUGCGGAAAAGUGAAUGAAUCGGGUAUUACUUUUAUCCCUCGGACAUUCAAGAGCGGUAAUCGCCUCAUUUUCAUCACGAUCAUCUCAAUUCUCCUUCAAUCUUAGGCCUUUUUCUUUUUCAUCGACAAGUCAAGGGAAGUCCGACGAGGAAUUCAUUGCGAAUUUGACAAAUCAAGUAGACGAAUACAAGAGGGAGCUUCGACGAUUAGUCUACGGUCAUCCAAAAGCUCGUCUACUCCAGCGUAACAUUUCAAACAUCGAAGAUAGUUUAUCUCACAAAAAGAAGAAGACCUUGGAAAGACUCAGUUUUCUCAACGAAAUGGCUGGUCUCAGACCGACGGUUAUAUCCUUAGAGGUAAGAUUAUGAUAGCUUUUAUUUGUUUCAAUCUUUAGGUUGAUUACCUGAGGAAUUCCUUGAUCUAAAUUGGGGAUUACAUUACACUUGAUACCUAAAAUAAUUUGAUUUUCAGAUUUUAAGUAAUGGAAGCUCUCAAAUGGCGCCGUCUGUAAUCCUGAAGACGCAAACAGAGUCAUACAUGUUCAAUGUUCCAGAAGGAACAUCUAGAUUUAUAUCUACACUUCAUUUAUCGCCAAACAAAUUGCACGACUUCUUUGUUACUAGGGGUAAGUUAGUUUUGAUAAUUUUUUUUAAUUUUUAGAUUUUGCAGUGCGUGUGCAUGCAUUCUGGAUUUCAGUGAUUUUUAAUUGUCAAAAUUCCGGCAUUUCCAGCCAUUUUCUUAUCAAUGACCGUGUGCAAUAUAAUAUUUUCCAAUUCCAGGUGUCUGGGAUUGCAUGGGUGGCAUUGGUGGUCUUCUUAUGACGAAAGAUGCUCAAGACAAGCAGUUGGUACGGCUGCAUGGCCCUCGCAAUGUGAAGGAAUAUCUCACGACCAUUCGUCCAUUUAUGGAUGCCGAUUACGGAAAUGCCCAGUUCCCAUGUUCGGUGGAAGAGAGAACAUUCGAAAAUGUGAAAUUCGAAGAUGGAACGUUGACUGUGUUCUACAUCCCGGUUUUUAGCAUGACAGAUACUGCUCCACAUAAGCUGGAUGGGCUAGAAGCUCCAUUUAUUCAUACUGCAUAUCUCAUUGAGAUGAAAGUAAGUUGCGUUCAGUUUAGGAGUAUAGAAAAUUAACUUGUUAUAGGAUGUAUUUACCAAAUUUUGGAUCAUUUCAGCCAAAGGACCAAUCAAUAGACCCCAUGAAAUUGAUCAAGCAUAAGGUCCCCAAGGGACCGUUAAUCGGUCAAUUAAAGGCUGGAAAUUCAAUAAAGUUGGCAAAUGGUGACAUUGUGAAGCCAGAGGACGUCCUAAUGGACGUCACUGAAGACUUUGCUUCUUCAAUUUUGAUUGUGGACAUUGAUAAUAUCGAAAAAAUUCGAUCAGUAGCCACUAAUUCUAAUCUUCUGGUAAGAAAAAAAUCAAAAUCUUUAUAAAUCACUUUAUUUUUUAUUUUAGCCAUAUUUUGGAGCCGAUCAGACAAAAAAAUUGGGAUAUGUGGUCCACUUUUCCCCCGAAAACGUCAUAAAAUCACAAGAAUACCAAGAAUUUAUUGCCAACUUUGGGCGAUCUUGUCUUCAUUUGAUCGUUAAUGGCUCAGGAGAAGCUGUCCCCAUGAUCGACGGACCUUACAAUAAUCAGCGAAUAUUAAAUCAACUGGAUCAGCAUGUUUUCCCAAGGCUUUAUCCCGAUAUCACUGGGAAAAUCCAUCAAAAAUUGGUAGCGCCCGAAGAAAAUACGAAUGUUUUGAGGCCUAAGACAUAUGAAAAGUAUCCAAUCAGAGGAAAUGCAUUGUCUCAGGACUCGUACUUUGUAUUGGGGAAUGAUGAAUUGGAUGAGAGAAUGACUUUUGUACCUGAAUUGAAGGAUGAGAUUGAGAAGUUCAGAAGCGGUAAGGAUAAUAUAAAAUUUUAGGUAGUUUGGUCUAAAAACAGGUUGGAAUAGGUUUAUUGUGAUUUACUAGUAACGUUUAGGUGGUAAUUUUUCAAUAAAGAAAAUUUUUUACUCAAAUUUCCAAAGUAACAUCAAGUUUUUUAUGGAUAAUAUAAUUUUUUAUAAUUUUCCCGAUUAUCUUGCGUAAUAUCGAAAUUUUUAGAAGCCUCUUCCCUCACGGACUCGUCUGAAUCCCAAUUCCCAUCACUUUCAUUCCUCGGCACCUCUUCUGCAUGCCCCACCAAGUACCGUAAUGUCAGCGGAUAUCUUCUGCGACUUUCCCCCAGCUCUGCGGUUAUGAUUGAUUGUGGGGAAGGAACCUACGGCCAAAUGAAGGUCUUGUUCGGCCCACAAAUCACUGAUGACAUCAUGAUCCAUCUGAAUGCGGUAUUUAUUACUCAUGGACACCUUGAUCAUAUAAAUGGAUUGUUUACGAUUGUCGAGCAAAGGAUGAAAGCUUUUGAAAAUAAAGGUAAGCAUGAUGAUUUGAGUGGAUUAUAAGUAAUAUAUUUUGUUUCAGGUAUUUCAUAUAAACCCUUGUUGAUCGUGUGUAAUCAAGUCGUCCGAAGACCAUUCAAUUUGUAUUCUCAGAACUUUGUAAGGCUUGAAAAGGUUGUAAAAUGGAUCGAUACGACUGUUCUCAGCAGACCUUUGACUCCUGAACGGUAGGUCAGACAAUAUUAUUUAUUUUUGACCUUAUUUUACAUUAAUUUUGCCAUGGAUACUAUAAAUUUUAAAAAUAUUUUUUAUUUUACACGUUCUGUUUUAGUGAACGCGCAAUGCCACAGAACCAAAGACCCCUCCGACUACCUGACAAGCUCUGGAUUGAGACUGUAACAGCAUUUCCUCGGGAAUUGUUCAACCCGGAAGAGUGGAAUCUAAGGUCUGCGAAGGCGGUCUUUGUCCAUCACACGAGAAUGGCGUCCGGGUUUGUGUUUGAAACAGUAUGUGGAAAGAAGAUUGUAAUGUCCGGAGACACCAAACCCUGCAAGAAUUUGGCAGUUCAAGGCCAAGGAGCAGAUCUUCUCGUUCAUGAAGCCACCUUUGAAGACUCGUUUGCGAAGGAUGCGGAGAGAAAACGACAUAGCACUACGGGACAGGCUAUUCAAAUUGGAAAGGAAAUGGGAGCAAAACAUGUGAUCUUGUCCCAUUUCUCGGCCAGAUAUCCAAGAUGUCCAGUUCUGAGCGAUCAACUUAUUAGUAGUGGGAAUACGGCUGUGGCCACCGAUUUUAUGGUCGCUGAUUGGAAUAAAUUGAAGGUAAGAUAAGACCUUUAGCCUCAGGCGAAAGAAAAGAGGGUCGAUUUCGUCCUAAUAGUGCAAUUUUUUGUUAUUUUAGGUAAUUGAUCGACUAGCCUCAAUUUAUAAACUACUCUUUGAAAGAGAACUCAAAGAAUUGGUACUGAAAGAAUGGCAAAGAAAAUUGAAAUUACAAGAGGACCAAGAGAAACGGAAGAGCCCCGAAACCAAAGAUGCACCACAGCAAAAGAGAAGCAAAGCAGUGGCAUGA